AACUAGGGCGACGUUGCGUCUGGUUGCCAUAGAGACCGCAGUUUUCUCUCCUGGUUCUCCCAGAACCAGGAGCUCCAGUUGGGGUCAGGAAGGCCCCACAGAAGCUUGUGUUCUUUGAUGUACUGAGGACGUUGGAAAUCGGAAAUGGCCAAGCUGCUGCAAACCCCACCCAAGUUCCUUCCUGCAGAGUGGUAUAUUGCUAACAAAAGCCAGUACCACAGAGCAGAGGCCCAAAGGUCCCGAUCUGAGCGCCUGGUGGCAGAGAGCCAGAGGCUUGUGGAAGAAAUUGAGAAGACCACCAGGAAGUCUCAGAGCGAUGUGAACAAGAAACUUGAGCAGAGACUUGAGGAGGUCAAGUUCUGGAAGAAGGAGUUAGAUGACAAACUUGAAGAGCUCGUGCACCAGACGGAUGAUCUGCUCACAUACAAGAUUCGCCUGGAGAGAUCCUUGGAGAGUUACAAGGAGCCCCUGCAUAUCACAGAGAAGUGCCUGGCCUACAGGGAGAAGCGCGUGGGCAUCGAUCUGGUGCACGAUGUGGUAGAGCAGGAGCUGCAGAAGGAGGCUGAUAUCAUCCACGGAGUCAUGAACCUGCUCAAGCGCACGGUGGAGGAGUCAACAGAGCAGAUCAGGCUGAAUCGCUCUGCCAAGUACAAUCUGGAAAAGGAUUUGAAGGAUAAGUUCACAGCCAUUACUAUCGACGACGUCUGCUUCUCACUCAACAAUAACUCACCAAAUAUCAAAUAUUCUGAGAAUGUUGUGAGAAUCGAGCCCAACUCAGUGAGCCUGGAGGACUGGCUGGACUUCUCCAACGCCAAUGUGGAGAAGGCAGACAAACAGCUGAACAAUUCAAUGGCGCUGAAGACCCUGGUGGACCAAAUCCUGUCCCAGACAGCCAAUGACCUGCGCAGACAGUGUGAAGUGGUAGACACGGCAUUCAUAAAUGGGCUGAAGGAGACCAAGGACGCCAGGAACAAGCUGGCUGAUCAUCUGGCCAAGGUUAUGGAAGAAAUUGCUUCCCAAGAAAAAAACAUUGUGGCUCUUGAAAACGCCAUUACGCAGCAAGAAGGGCCAGCUAAGGUAGCACACACGCGCCUGGAGACCAGGACGCACCGGCCUAACGUGGAGCUGUGUCGAGAUGUCGCUCAGUAUCGGCUGAUCAAGGAGGUUCAGGAGAUCAACCAUAAUGUUGCCAGGUUAAAGGAAAUCUUGGCCCAGGCUCAGGUACAGCUGAAGGCACUGUACCGCAGGCAGCUGGCCCUGCAGGAGGAAAUCCAGGUUAAGGAGAACACCAUCUAUAUCGACCAGGUGCUGUGUAUGGAGAUGAGGAGGUCCAUCCCGCCUCGAGACGGCGAUGACCAUGGGUCCUGGGAGGGGGGCAUCCGCGCAGAGGCCAUCUGCUGAUAGGAGCCAUUCAGAGUUUUAUUAAACUGCAUCAUAAAGCAA